AUGUUCACAUCGGAAAAUGAACAAGACUGUAACUAUUUGCCAAUUAAUAAAGCCUUAGUAAACGGCAGUAUAGCUAUUGGAAUUGGUCAUGCACAGCUUACUGAACUUUCCGCCUCGGCUGACAUUCCAUUUUUGUCAACAUUCGGAUAUUUAAAUAAUUUGUCUUCGGUUAGUCAGUCAAUUAAAGAUACUGCUUUAGAGGAAAUAUAA